CUGCCUAUAACUCGAUGUGUAAAUUGAUUCACAAUCGAUGUGCAUGUAUAAGUUUAAAUCUAAGAUCUAUUUCACUUGGGUUUUACCUCUGAAAAUUAUACCAAAACAAUUAUUCGCCUAUAAGUGAAUGUUUACCUCGACUUAGCCUCGGUAAAUAUUCACCGAUGUUGAUUUCGCCUUCAGCGAGUAAUUGUUAAAUACUUUUCAAAAUAAUACAUGGCUGCUCGUAGAUACUAAAUCUCUUCUCGUGUUUGAACACUCGAAGAGAAAUUCCGCUGGGAUUCUGAGGACCUUGGUCAGGGCGUCAGGGAUGAAGGACAAGACGUAUGUAAUAUAAAAUAUCGUAAACCAAAGUGCAACGACCACGUGGGCAACGCAAAGAGCCCAAGGCUAGAUUCUAGAACACCGGGCCACCCAUCUGCAUCUCACUAAAUUUGAAUGGUUAUUUCUAUAUGCUUCGUUCUUAGAAGCAUUGAGGGAUAUGUUAAUAAGUGGCCCGGUAUUGUAAAAUCGCUCCGAGUGAUUGUACUAACAUUUACGCGGUUGGAGUUAGUCCCACGACGGUGCACAAUCUUUUGUUUUGUAGUCACACACUAUGCAUGAAUUUUCAUAACCGAAACGUUUCUAUUGAUUAGUUACUCAGAUAGAAAUUGAUAUCUAUUUUGUUUUGUGCAUCUCUAGUCAAGGCCAAAAAAGGGAACAAAAACAUACAGCAAAUACCUUCGCCGGGCUUCAUAACGUCUUUGGUUCUGAGCUAAAAUUUGAGCCCGAAAAUGGCGGCUAAUUUUGUAAGGUGAGCUCUUUUAUGGUUCAGCGGCGACCAUAUAUAUAUUUUUUUUUGCAUACAUUGAUUCAUCAUAGCUUUCUUUUAUUUCGUUUCAGUUCUCCGUCCAAAUACAAGUUGGAUCGCCUGUUUCUGAAAAGAUUUUGGCGCUGUUGGAAGGUCAUAUUUCCCGGCUGUCUAUCUACGACCUCUCUGCUCCUUGUACUUUUAAUGGGACUGUCUUUAGCAGAGCAGUUACUGAUGUACAACACUGGAUUGAUUCCAAGUAGAUUUUAUGAGGCGCUUCUAGACAGAGAUAAAGCAGACUUCACAAGUAUUCUAAUAUCUUCCUCUCCUCUUAUUCUUGGUUUUGCUGUGGCAAACACUGCAGUGAAGUACGAUUCUAGAAUCCUCUAUGUCAAAUGGCGUGGUUUGCUGGACAGGAGGCUACACUCUGGUUAUUUUAAGCAUAGAGCUUACUACAAGAUGAAUGUUCUGCAGGACAAACUUGAUAACAUGUGAGUUAACGGCUGGCAAGACAAAUGGGUGUAAUUUAAUUUAAUUUAAUUUAAUUAAUUCUUAAUUAAUUUAGUUAAUUCUUACUUUGGUAAUUGUUUCCUACUCAAAAUGUUGUACUUUGAAUUAGUUUGCAAUUCUCUUCUUUUUUGUAUUGUUUUUUCUAACACACACCAUUACCUUCUGCAUUAUCUUUUG